UCAUCCAUCACUCUCUUUGGAGCAGAAGUCUUCCAUUAUCAAUAUCUUUAGUUUGUCUCCGUUGAUCCGAGACAUUAACACUCUUUCAAAAUAGCAAAAAUGAUGUUCACCAAUGCUUUCGGUCUUCUCGCCUCAUUUGGCGCCUUAGCUGCUGCCCUUCCCACUGCCUUGGAACAGCGCGACACCAACUCUACCGGCGGGGGUGUCGAAAUCAUCAACAACAUGGGCAAGAAUAUCUACCUUUGUGAACCCUGGAAAACCAACAGCAACGGAGGAGGCAUCUCUAUCAAGCUGUCCACUACUCCCGAUCAGGCUGAUGUCCUUCAAUAUGAGUACACCCUCUCGGCGCCGACAAUCUUCUGGGACCUUUCCUGCAUCAACGAUAACGGCGCCUGCCCUUCUGCCACAUGCAAGCCUGGAGAUACUGCCUGCGCUGAUGCUUAUUUGUUCCCAACUGAUGACCACGCUACUCAUGGAUGCCCGGAUACCGUCCAAAUGACUUUGAACUUGGGUCCAUCAUCUGCCGAGUAAUUGUUCAUUAUAUUCUCACUCGGACAUGACUUGCCUUGUUUAAAUAUUUCAUUCUUUUGAUGAAUUAUGACACAUACUACCUCUAACCAAUGCCACGCACCACUGGGAGAAGUAGAAGGUGAAGGAAAAGGUCAAAAACCAAAACCUGCUGUUUGGAUUGAACCUAUGAAACUUGAUGAUCAAUGGUAUACUAGGACUUGGCGUUGCUUU